CCAGAUUCACACAAUCAGAACCCAUUUUUCAGAAAUCAUUCCUCUCUAGUCUUAGAAUCUGUGACCAAAUUGCUUCCGGGAAUUUCAAGCUUUGACAAUGGCGUUAGCUUUUACUUCUUCUACUUCGAUUGCAUUUUCUUCUUCUCGAACAGAACAAGGGGUUCAGUUGAGUUCAACUAAAUUUCAACAAUCGGAUCGGUCUCAUCUGGUAUCACCGGCGGCUUUGAAUCUAUCUCGAAAACGAUCUGGUGCCGUGAAGGCUUUAAAUGCGGAACCGAGGAGGAAUGAUACAAUUGUUCCUUCUGCUGCCACCGUUUUUGCUCCUGAUGUGGUGGAGAAACCAAUAGAAAUUGAAGACAUUGAAACUCUGGCUAAAGAUCUUGAGGAUGCUUCUCCACUUGAAAUCAUGGAUAAAGCCCUCCAGAAAUAUGGCAAUGACAUUGCUAUAGCCUUCAGUGGUGCCGAAGAUGUUGCUUUGAUCGAGUAUGCUCAUCUUACGGGACGGCCAUUUCGCGUAUUCAGCCUGGACACUGGGAGAUUGAACCCAGAAACAUACAAAUUUUUUGAUGCGGUUGAGAAACACUACGGCAUUCGCAUCGAGUACAUGUUCCCAGAUUCUGUGGAAGUUCAGGCCUUAGUCAGGACCAAAGGCCUAUUUUCAUUUUACGAAGAUGGGCAUCAAGAAUGCUGCCGCGUAAGGAAGGUGCGACCUUUGCGGCGUGCAUUGAAGGGGUUACGUGCAUGGAUCACGGGUCAACGCAAAGACCAGUCUCCGGGAACACGAUCGGAGGUUCCGGUGGUUCAGGUGGAUCCGGUUUUCGAAGGGAUGGAUGGUGGUUCAGGGAGCUUAGUGAAAUGGAAUCCUGUGGCUAAUGUUGCUGGUAAUGAUAUUUGGAAUUUCUUACGGACCAUGGAUGUCCCGGUCAACUCGUUGCACGCCCAUGGGUACGUUUCGAUUGGGUGCGAGCCGUGCACCAGGGCGGUGUUGCCUGGUCAACACGAGAGGGAAGGAAGAUGGUGGUGGGAGGAUGCAAAGGCAAAGGAAUGUGGGUUACAUAAAGGAAACAUUAAGGAAGAAACGGUGAACGGAGAUGGGAAUGGUGAGGUUCAUGCUAAAGGGAGUGUUUCGGACAUCUUUAAUAGCAACGAUAUCGUGAGCUUGAGCCGGCCCGGGAUGGAAAAUCUGCUCAAAAUGGAAGAUAGGAAAGAUCCUUGGAUGGUUGUUCUUUAUGCACCAUGGUGCCAAUUCUGCCAGGCCAUGGAAGCUUCGUAUGUGGAAUUUGCUGAGAAGUUGGCGGGGAGCGACAUGAAGGUUGGAAAAUUCAGGGCAGAUGGUGACGAAAAGGCGUUUGCGCAGCAAGAACUGCAGCUCGGGAGCUUUCCGACCAUUCUUUUCUUCCCGAAACAUUCAUCUAGGCCGAUCAAGUACCCGUCUGAGAAAAGAGACGUGGACUCUUUGAUGGCUUUUGUUAAUGCCCUAAGAUGAUUAAAGAAUGAUUUGAGCAAUUGGAGUCCAUUUUGUAUAUUUAUAAGGACGUGGUUUGUCUGUGGUUGUGGGGCGUGGGCUAAGUCCCGCUGGUGGUGGUUGUUUUUGGUUGUAGGGUGAUGGCGAUGGCUGUCGGAGGUUUGGAAUGUUAUUUUCCGAUGAUAUUGGAAUGGAAUACAAAAUUUUGAUUGGUGUUUCU